AUGUCAACUGAGAAUGCUGGGUUACCCUUUGUAUUAAAAAGAAAACAAUUUCCUGUACGACCAGCAUUUGCCUUGACAAUAAACAAGUCCCAAGGCCAAUCACUGUCUCAUAUUGGUCUAUACCUACCACAACCUGUCUUUACUCACGGACAAUUGUACGUAGCCAUGUCAAGGGUACGUAAAGAAAGUAAUCUCAAGAGUCAUUCUACUGUUGUUAUUCUUUCAAUAUUACUACCAUCACUGUCGCCACUACAAUCUGAAGAGAAGGACGACAAUAAUCGCAACCACAUUAUUUUUAAAUUUCCCUCUUCUGACAAUACUUACUCAUUUACUCUUUUUCCGAUAAAUAAUCUUUGGACAACAUCAAUAAAUUUGCAAAAUAAUCAUAGUGAAAAUAACAAUAACAAUGAAAAUAAUGAAAAACAACCAGAUCCAAUGCUUUAUGAACCUGAAAAAAUUCCACCUACAGACAAUAUAGCUGUUUGUCAAUUGCACUUACGCGCCUAUGUAGUAGGUCCAAUGGAUUUUUUUAUAGAUUUUGCAAGACGUGCAGCUCACGCAUUAAAAAUGCCAUGCUCGGGUCCUGUCUAUCUACCCACUCAAACAACUCGUUGGACUGUACCGCGUGGUUCUUUUAUCCAUAAAAAAUCUCAAGAAAACUUUGAACGCAAAACCCAUAAAAGAUUGUUAGAAAUAAAGGAUGCAAAUAAAGAUGUUGUUAAAAGAUGGCUAUGGUAUUUAUCCAAUAAUUGUCCUCCUGGUAUUGGUAUGAGACCAAAACAAAUUGCUGAUAUUAAAUAUUUUCUUGAGAUUGCACGUAGAAAAGAUGCAAAAUCUGUUCGUAUUAAGAAAAAUGGUGUAUCAAAGGUAAAAUUUAAGCUUAGAUGUUCAAGAUAUUUGUACACUUUUGUAAUUGAGGAUGUAGAGAAAGCAGAAAAAUUACAAAAAUCUCUUCCGCCUG